AUGGUCCGCAAUAUCGUGGUAAUUGGGGGCACUUCCCACCCACAACUGACUCAGAACAUCUGCGGCGUCCUGGGUAUCCCGCCAGCAGAUGUUCUACUUUCCAAAUUCUCUGUGGGCGAAACCAGAGUUGAAAUCAAAGAGUCUGUUCGUGGGAAAGAUGUGUACAUUAUUCAAUCUGGUGGUGGGAAAGUGAACGACCACCUACUGGAGCUACUCAUUACCAUCUCUGCAUGCAAGACCGCCUCCGCCAAGAGGGUCACCGCUGUUCUCCCUCUUUUCCCGUACUCUCGCCAGAGUGAUAUUCCUUACAAUAAGACUGGCGCGCCUCUUGCCGCUGUUUCCAAUGGUGCUUUCGGUGAGGACAGCGUGAACAAAAUCAACAAUUUCCAACCACGCCCAGGCUACAAGCAGUGGGUUGCUCAGGCAGGCACAUUGGUAGCUGAUUUGCUUGCCUGUGCUGGUGCCGACCACAUCAUCACGAUGGACCUACACGAUCCUCAGUAUCAGGGAUUCUUCGAUAUCCCCGUAGAUAACUUGUAUGGCAGACCGCUGCUCAAGAGUUACAUUCAGCGGAACAUCCCCAAUUACAAGCGGGCUGUUAUUGUCAGCCCCGAUGCUGGCGGUGCUAAGCGUGCCACGGCAAUUGCGGAUUCCAUGGGCAUAGAGUUCGCAUUGAUUCACAAGGAACGGCGUCCCACACGCAUCACGGACCGUCAAAAUGCCACUAUGAUGUUAGUUGGUGAUGUGAAAGGCCGUACCGCUAUCCUGAUUGAUGACCUGGCGGAUACUUCCAACACCAUCACUAGAGCUGCAAAGCUCUUGAAGAAGGAAGGUGCCGCUCAAGUUUACGCCUUGGUGACUCACGGUAUCCUAAGUGGGGAUGCUAUUGAUCGCAUCAACGCCAGUGCCCUUGACAAGGUGGUGGUCACGAACAGCGUUGAUCAGACAGAACACCUCCGCCAGUGCCCUAAGCUGGAGGUUUUGGAAGUUGGCCAUGUCUUUGCCGAGGCUAUCCGUCGUGUCCACCAUGGCGAGAGUAUCAGUGUCCUUUUCCAUCACAAGAUAAGGAUAUGGGAAAUGGAAGAGGGAAAAGAUACAUAG